CGGCGCUCCGCAGGAUUCUCAGCUGACAGUCGAGCGAUCGAUCCACAUUUGAUCUUUAGACUAAAGGGAAACGGAAUAGUUGGGGUGCACCGCUGGAGAAGCCCGGGGACGGAGGUAUUUGACUGGGGGCCAACUCAAACAUAUCAAAAGAGCGUAGGAUUUGUUUCCUGUUUCCUGACGAGGAAGAGAAGACCGUGCCCUUCUUUACUUAUCUCCGUCCUGCUCGGAUCACAUGCAGGAUGUCUGCAGAGACGCCGACCAUCUCGCAAUUCAACACGACUCCCAACCCUUCUACCCAACCCUUUAUCACUUCGAUGAAUCCCACAGUAUUCCCAGAAUAUAACACCACUAACAUCACCGUUCCACAUGUAUGCCUGGUCAUCCUGUAUGAAGACAUUGGAACGUCUAGGGUCAGAUACUGGGACCUCAUGCUUCUGAUCCCGAAUGUUCUUUUCUUUGUGUUUCUGAUUUGGAAACUGCCCUCAGCUAGAGCAAAAAUCCGCGUCACGUCAAGCCCCAUCUUCACCACUUUCUACAUUUUGGUGUUUGUGGUGGCUCUGGUCGGCAUUACUCGGGCUAUAGUAUCAAUGACCGUCAGUUCUUCAAGUGUGGCUACUGUCACUGAUAAGGUUCUGUGGGAAAUCACCAGGUUUUUCCUCCUCACCAUCGAGCUGAGUGUCAUCAUUUUGGGUCUCGCUUUUUGCCACCUUGAAAGUAAAUCGAGCGUUAAGAGGGUUUUGGCUAUUACUGCGGUUUUAUCCCUUGCGUAUUCCGUGACACAGGGAACCCUGGAAAUCUUGUACCCGGACUCUCACCUCUCAGCUGAGGAUUUCAACAUUUAUGGACACGGAGGGAGGCAUUUUUGGCUUGCAAGCUCAUGUUUUUUCUUCCUGGUGUAUACCCUUGUCUCUAUACUACCAAAAACGCCACUCAAAGAUCGCAUCUCCCUCCCGUCCCGGAAGAGUUUCUACGUGUAUGCCAUAAUUCUGUCUCUCCUCAACCUGGUGCAGGGCAUUGGCAGCGCCCUGCUGUGCGCGGAUAUCAUUAACGGCUUGUGCUUAGUAGACAUUACCACCUUCCUUUACUUCAGCUUGUUUGCGCCACUCAUGUACGCAGCGUUCCUGAAAAGCUUCUUUGGAUCUGAACCAAAGAUUCUUUUCUCCUACAAAUCCCAAGUGGACGAGCCCGAUGAGACCGACGUCCAUCUCCCGCACCCCUAUGCCGUAGUGAAGAAAGAUGGGAUAGACACAGGAUUCUACUCCAACACGCAGAUAGACACCACGGCUUACCUCGAUGAUAUAGCCUCAAUGCCACAUAUUGUUGGGAGCGUCAACAGCAUUGACAGUGAUCGCUGGAAAGCCAUAAAUUCCUAAGCGUGAGCAGCCGACGGAGUCUUACGAAGAGACUCUGCGUU